CUCUCGCAGGGACUGUGACUGAUCCAAGUUAGGAGCUUUCAGCUGCCAGCCUUGGCCCAUCAUGUAAGUGGUGCGGAGGAUUCCUUGCAGUGCAAUUGCAAAAUUAUCCAACUUCUGACGGUUUUGCAGAUUGUGCAAUAGUACAAUCUUUUGGUGCACGGAUACACACGACCUGGACGCAAAAAGGAUCCAAGUGCAUGAAGAUUAAGGCUUGUAUUUUGCAUCUUGUGUUGCAAAGCAAGCCGCCGAAGCGCCAGCGCUAGGGCGAUGGAGGGAGGGAGUGAGAAAGAAGGCAAAGUCUUUUGUGCUUCCCCUCCCCCCCACCAGAGCAAAGGGGAAAUGUCUCAGCCAAAGGGAGGGAAGAGGAAGCCGGUGCUCAAGCUGUCCAAGGCCGUGUUCGAGCAGCCGCCUCCUCCUGCAACACCCCCAAGAGACCUGGAUUCCAAGGCCUGCGUCACCAUUGGCGAGAAGAACUUCGUGGUGAAGGCGGACGACCUGGAGCUGAUGGGGGAGCUGGGCCGGGGGGCAUACGGCGUGGUGGACAAGAUGAGGCACGUCCCCAGCGGCCUCAUCAUGGCCGUCAAGAGGAUACGGGCCACGGUGAACACCCAGGAGCACAAACGGCUGCUGAUGGACCUGGACAUCUCCAUGAGGACGGUGGACUGCUACUACACAGUCACCUUCUACGGCGCGCUCUUCAGAGAGGGCGACGUGUGGAUCUGCAUGGAGCUCAUGGACACCUCUCUGGAUAAGUUCUACAAGCAGGUGAUCGAGAAGGGCAGGACCAUCCCCGAGGACAUCCUGGGCAAGAUGGCCGUCUCGGUAGUUAAGGCACUGGAACACCUGCACAGUAACCUACAGGUGAUACACAGAGACGUGAAGCCGUCCAACGUGCUGAUCAACACGCAGGGCCAGGUGAAGAUGUGCGACUUCGGCAUCAGCGGCUACCUGGUGGACUCGGUGGCCAAGACCAUGGACGCCGGCUGCAAGCCCUACAUGGCGCCGGAGAGGAUAAACCCAGAGACCAACCACAAGGGCUACAACGUCAAGUCUGACAUCUGGAGCCUGGGCAUUACCCUGAUCGAGCUGGCCAUCCUGCGCUUCCCCUACGACUCCUGGGGGACGCCGUUCCAGCAGCUCAAGCAGGUGGUGGAGGAACCCUCCCCCCAGCUGCCCCCCGAACACUUCUCCCCCGAGUUCGUGGACUUCACCACCCAGUGUCUGAAGAAGAAUUCCAAAGAGCGGUUGAAUUACUCUGAGCUGAUGCUGCAUCCCUUCUUCACUGGCCACGAGCUCAAAGAGACGGACGUGGCCACCUUCGUCACGGCCAUCCUGGGGGACUGAGGGGCCGGAGGGAAGGGCCCCAGACCUUAAAGAUAUAAACAACAGCAACCAAACACAUACGAACACACGAGCGCACACGCACGCGUUACACAAACCGAAAGCACCCAUCACAAGUUAGCCGCUGUCACCCACUGUUUUAAGAUGUGUGUCUGCCUGACCUCCACCCACCCACCACCUUUGACCCCCCCUCCCCCGGGC